AUGGCAGAGGCGGCGUUUUCUGAAGAUGGAAAAUAUUAUUCUGCUAUCACACAGGAUGGCAGAUUAAAAAUAUGGGACACAGAAACUAAUUUAAUUAAAAACGAGUAUACACCAGACUUGCAUUUAUCUUCACCGCCCUCGUGUUUGCAAUGGAUUUCAGCAUCUCAGUCGACUGUAUCCCCACAAAAAGGAGCAAGACGGAAAAGUAUUAGUGAAGAAACAUACUACAUAGCCCUUGGCACAAAUACUGGGAAAAUUCUUAUAUAUUCUGUUGCACAAAAUAAAAUUGAAACGGUUUUAUCAAACGAAACAACACAGAGUGGUAUAAACACAUUGGAUUGGCACAGAAAAUAUGGACUCUACAGUUGUAAUAAGGAGAAUCAAAUAUAUGAGUGGGAUUUGAACAGUUCGUCAGUUAGAUAUAAGUAUAACGUUAAUGUUGAUAGUAAGAGCAAACACGGAAAUAAUGUCAGCGCAAUUAAAAUCGUACCACAUAUGCACCACACACAAGCCCGAUAUAUUGUCGCAGCCUCGUACCAGGUGCGAGUAUGGCGAUUACAUUAUGGAGAAGCGACCGUUGUCAAAAACUUGGGACACAACGCUGCACCAACUGCUUUACUAAGCAUAGCUGUGUUGAAUGAUGUCUGUUGGUUAAUCGAGGGUUCACAAAAUGAACGCCUUUUAUCAUUCUGGGAUGUAACCGUUUCCGAAGACCUUGUACCUCAACAGAAUGGAGAUGAAGCCCCCUACAAGAAACAGAGGAGGAAAUCAAUAUCAAAGUCUCCUGUCACUUCCAACAUCCCAACAUACAACUUUGUAUUAGAGGAUGCACCUAAAAUUAUUGAUGUGGAUUUGAAAGAAGAUGAAGGGGCGAUGAGGUUGAGGCUGGCAGCUGCUACUAGGAGUGGAGUGGUGCAUUAUUAUGGACAUUUGUUGAAUGGCUCAUCAACCAAGCCGAUAAAACCAUCAGUCACGAUACAGAUCACCAGUGACGACGCCCGCCCGCUACCCCUGCAGUGCUGUCGGCUGACCGCCACAGACUUGCUCAUAGGGUACACGGACCCUCCUGUGCUUCUGUUCGAGAGAGUGACCCCAGUCCUGACAUCCAAAACACAGAUUAUAAUCCGGGAGACGAAGAAAAAACAGAAACAGACGGACAACGUGAACAAAACAAGAUCAGAUGAAUCAAAGCUGGUUACUUAUGUGGAGCCUAUGGGUGGGGUCGUCAGGAAACGAGCCACGCCUGGCGACAAGGUGGAAGUACCAAUGGAGGCUCGCCUCGCCAACUUGGCGCUGGACGUGAAAAGUCGGGGCAAGUCAGCCGUCAGUCAGAACUUGACCAAGCUGUUGAUGCAAGGUUUACAUUCUAAGGACAAAAAUAUAAUAUUAACAGUACUUCAAAAUGAUGAUCCCGCUGUAGCAAAAAGGACAGUUAGCAACUUACCCGCUGACUAUGUCCCACUACUCUUGGAACAGCUUGCUGAUAUGGCCACCAGGAAAACUAGCCAAUGUUCAGCGGUGUCCACGUGGCUGUCGGCCGUGGUGCGGAACCACUCGGCCCUGCUGCUGGCCACCAUGGGCACCCGCGCCUCCGACCACCUCACUCACCUGCUCGCCAUGUUCACACACAGACGUUCCCACUUGUGUCAGUUACUGAAUCUAAAAGGUCGGUUGCACCUAACGAUAUCACAGCGCAGCACAGACACCCUCCAGGCAGAACAGGAUCCAGUCCUGGCCUACAAAGACACGUCAUCAGACGAGGAGAUGGAGGCGGAGGCGUAUGCGUCCGAAAGCGAAGCGUCCUGGGGAGAUGACAAGUUCGACAGCGAACAAGAGGUGCCGGGAGAAGAUGAGUCGGAGGGAGAUUGA